AUGAAGAGAUAGAACCAGGGCAUGAUCACCGAGUUCAUCCUUAUAGGCUUCUCAAACCUGGGGGAUCUGCAGAUCCUUCUCUUCUUUAUCUUCCUCCUGGUCUACCUGACCACUCCGAUGGACAGUGCCACCAUCAUGACUAUCAUUCUUCUGGAUCAGGCUUUGCACACCCCUAUGUAUUUCUUUCUCUUUGUCCUCUCCUGCUCUGAAACCUGCUAAACCUUGGUCAUCGUACCAAAAAUGCUGACCAAUCUGCUUUCCACAACUAGAACUACUUUUUUCCCUGGGUGUGCUGCCCAGCUCUAUUUCUUUGUGGGCUUGGCUUGUACCAACUGUUUUCUAAUUGCUGUGAUGGGCUACAAUCACUAUGUUGCCAUCUACAACCCUUCUCAACUGCACAGUCAUCAUCAGCCAUCCACCCACAUACUGCUGGUUUUAGCCUCAAGCAUCUGUAGUUUUCUGAUCUCUGUAGUUGUCAACAUCCUGGUGUUUACUGUACCCUUCUGUGCCUCCAAUCGGAUCCACCACUUUGACAUUUCCCCUGUCAUAAAACUGGGCCGCACAGACAUCAACAUAAAGGAGAUGGUUAUGUUCUUACUCAGCAUUCUGGUAUUGCUGGUUCCCUUUGUGUUGAUCUUCAUCUCCUAUGUCUUCAUUGUUUCCACCAUCCUCAAGAUCUCUUCAGCGGAGGGACAGCAUAAGGCCUUUGCCACCUGUGUCUCCCACCUCACAGUGGUCAUUGUUCACUAUGGCUGUGCUUCCUUUAUCUACUUGAGGCCGACAUCCCUGUACUUCUCAAAUAAGGACCGACUUGGGGCAGUGACCUAUAUGGUGAUCACCCCGCUACUCAAGCCCCUUGUCUACACACUGAGGAACAAAGAAGUGAAGACGGCUCUGAGAAAUGUUCUCAGUAGGUACUCAUUUCCCAAAACUGCAUGA